AUGGGCACUGGCCGCAACAUGAGUGACAUGGACUACGACGGCUACGAGGGGUACAAUGGCGACGAGGUCGACGAGGUCGAAGAGGUCGAAGAGAUGGUCGAUGACGUGCCCAUGUUCAUCGCCAGCCGCGUCUACCUCGGCUCGAUCGAUGCGGCGGCGAAUGCAUCGGCGCUGCGCGCCAAGAACAUUGGCUUUGUCCUCUCGCUGCUCCAACCCGAAGACGCCCUCGCGCCGCCGAGCUGCGCGCAUCUGCGCAUCGCGAUGGACGACGCUCUCGAUGAGCCGCUCUUGAUCAAGCUACCGUACUUGCUUUACACGCUCAACCAAGCCUUGGCAACCACUGACGCCAAUGUCCUCGUGCACUGCGUCGCGGGUCGGUCUCGGUCGGCGUCCGUUGUCAUUGCUUGGCUCAUGACCACGCAGCAGCUCUCGCUCCACGACGCCUACCAACGCGUGCUCAUGAGCCGUCCCUGGAUCGAGCCGAAUGCGACCUUUCUCAAGCACUUGGCGCUCUUUGAGAAGACGCUCUGCGUGCCAAUGAGCGCCAGUACGCGGAGCGCAAUCGACGAGCUCACGCCGAUUCUGCCGCGCAUGGACUUUCACCCGUCGUUCGUGCAUCCGAUCACGUCCCAUGUAAAGGUCAUGACGAUCCGACUCGCCAGUGACGUCGCGGCCGACGGCAACUCGGACUUGCAGUACAUUUACCCGCGCGCGAUCGCCAUAGCAACCACGACAACAGCGCCUUCGUUUGCGAUGCUGCAGAUCACCGACGUGGCGUUCGUCACCGUGCGCGACCUCACGGACGACCAUGCCCGGCACGAAGGCUUGGCCUCGCGCGCCGACUUGCUUGCGACGCUUCGGCGCUUCUACCCUGACAUGCACGACACAUCGGCUUGCAUUGUGAUCUCGUUCGUCGCCUGCUAGUCGAUACCCAGCGAGACCGUUCUUUCUAAAAGACCGUUGGUUGAAACACUUC